GAUCCUUUGGUCUUGGCAGAGUAUUCAUGCUCCUGUCCUGCAUUGGCCAAAGAUCCCUGAGUAACAGUGGUGUGUUGGAGGGUCUCCUAAACCUGUUGGACAGCCUGCUGUCCCCUCUGCAGCGACCGCAGGCUGCGUCUCAGCGCAGGACUGAAGGUAAAGCAGGAAUUUUAGACAUUCCCAUGAUCAGCUGGGUGGUGAUGUUGGUUUCCAGACUCUUGGACUAUGUAGCCAGUAUUGAAGACGAGGCCUCAGGGGCGAAGAAGAACCUUGGAGGGAAGGAAAGGGACAGGCCUGUUACCGGGAUCCAGUGGAGUUUUAUUAACAACACUCUUCAGUCUCAGAACUCAAACAGGACAGCUAAAGGUAGCAGCAGCCUGGAUCGGCUCUACUCACGGAAGCUCCGCAAGCAGCUCGUUCAUCACAAGCAGCAGUUAAAUCUAUUGAAAGCAAAACAGAAAGCUUUGGUUGAGCAGAUAGAGAAGGAGAAGAUCCAGAGCAACAAAGGCUCAUCAUAUAAACUGCUGGUGGAGCAGGCUAAACUCAAGCAAGCCACGUCUAAGCACUUUAAAGACCUGAUCCGUCUGAGACGGACAGCUGAAUGGCCUCGCUCCACACUGGAUGCAGAGUCCACUACAGUCAAAGAAGCCCCAGAAGUAGAACCUCUGCCCUUCACUUUGUCCCAUGAACGCUGCAUCUCUGUCGUGCAGAAGCUUGCCCUCUUUUUGCUCUCCAUGGACUUCACCUGCCAUGCCGACCUGCUGCUUUUUGUCUGCAAGGUACUUGCUAGGAUAGCUAAUGCCACGAGACCUACAAUCCAUCUGUGUGAGGUGGUGUCUGAACAGCAGCUGGAACGCCUUUUGCUACUGCUUGUAGGAACAGACUUCAAUCGAGGGGAUAUCUCCUGGGGAGGGGCAUGGGCACAGUACUCUCUCACAUGUAUGCUCCAGGACAUCCUGGCAGGUGAACUGAUGUCUCCAGGCUCUCUUGAUUCCAUGGAAGAGGUGGUGGUUGUGGGUGACGAGGCAGGGGCAUCAUCUUCUUCAGCCGUGCCAGACUCAGACGACUCGCUGGCCCAGCCUCCCACCAUUCCCCUGGUGGAGACCAUCGAUGAAGCUCUGGUGCCAGAUAUCAUCGCCGGUACUCCAGCCACCUCCACGGUGUUUCAAAGUGCUCCACCUCUAUCAUCUUUGGAAAAAGAUAAAGACAUAGACUUUGACUUGCUACAAGACCUCAUGGAUGUUGAUAUUGAUCCUUUAGAUAUUGAUUUGGAAAAAGAUCCACUUGCUGCCAAAGUAUUUAAGCCUAUAAGCAGCACCUGGUAUGACUACUGGGGUGCUGACUAUGGGACAUAUGGGUACAAUCCUUACAUCGGAGGCGUUGGUAUUCCAGUAUCCAAGCCUUCAGUUGCACCUGAAAAGCCUGCCUCCCAGUGUGUGUCGGUCUCUGUGUCUCAAGCUCUGGAUGCCCGGCUGGAGGUCGGUCUGGAGCAGCAGGCUGAGCUGAUGCUCAAAAUGAUGGCCACUUUGCAAGCGGACUCCAUUCUACAGGCUCUCAGUUCAAGUUCAUCUACAAUCAGCCAGCCCUCUAAUGGGACCGAUGACUCUCUGCUUCGAGCCUUCCACAGCGGUGGCUCUCCCCCCUGCAGCGGCCCCGUGCUUCAGCCCUCCUCCGUUCCCAUUCUGAGUGCCUGCUUCAACAAGCUCUUCUCCAUGCUGCAGGUCCACCAUGUCCAGCUUGAGUCUUUACUGCAGCUGUGGUUAACACUCAGUCUCAACACGUGUUGUGGUGCUGGUGAAGAUAACGGAUCAGAUAUAUUCCUCUUCAACGCCAGCAGAGUGCCCACUAUUCCACUUAACCAAGCAUCCAUCAGCAGCUUCAUAUCUGUGCUGGCCUGGUACCCCAGCACCUCCCUGAGAACAUGGUGCCUGGUGCUGCACUCCCUCACGCUGAUGACCAACAUGCCUCUCUCUGCAUCCAGCAGUGCCAUGAAGUGUCAGGAUUGCACAGCUCAACAGAUGGUGUCUGACCCCACCCUGGUUCACGUGCUGGUGCGCUUCCUGUCCAGCAGCAGCACCAACGGCACAAGUCAGCACAGCUCUCAGGUGGGACCCACUGCUACUCAGGCCAUGCACGAGUUCCUGAGCCGCCUGCAGGUCCAUCUGUCCUCCACCUGUCCCCAGGUGUUCAGCGACUUCUUGCUCAGACUCAUACACAUCCUGUCAACCGAGAGGGGACCGUUCCAGUCUGGUCAGGGUCCUCUGGAUGCCCAGGUGAAGCUGCUGGACUUCACUCUGGAGCAGAACUUUGAGGUGGUGUCGGUGGCCACCAUCUCCUCCGUCAUCGAGUCCGUCACGUUCCUGGUCCACCACUACAUCACGUGCUCGGACAAGGUGGUGUCCCGCAGCGGCUCAGACAGCUCAGUGGGGGCCCGGGCCUGCUUCGGCGGUCUGUUCGCCAACAUCAUCCGACCUGGAGACGCAAAGGCCGUGUGCGGGGAAACCACCCGUGACCAGCUCAUGUUUAACCUCCUCAAGCUGGUCAACGUUCUGGUGCAGCUCCCUCUAUCGGGCGACCGAGAGUUCAGUGGACGGGCGGCGCUGGUGGGCAGCGGCGCGGCCGAUAGCAGCGUGUCGGACGAGGAGAAGGCCUGUGGCAGCAAAGAAAGUGUGGCAGGCGGAGCGUCAUCUAGUCAGGGCCCCCCCGCCGGUGUGGCUGACCUGGUGCUCGCUAAUCAGCAGAUAAUGAGUCAGAUCUUGUCAGCGCUGGGCCAGUGCAACAGCAGCGCCAUGGCUAUGAUUAUCGGUGCCAGUGGUCUCCAUCUUACCAAACAUGAGAACUUCCACGGUGGCCUGGACGCCAUCUCAGUGGGGGACGGUCUCUUCACUAUCCUCACCACCCUGAGCAAGAGGGCCAGCUCAGUGCAGGUCAUGCUGCAGCCCAUUCUCACCUACAUGGCCUGUGGUUACAUGGGCAGACAGGGGUCUCUGUCCACCUGCCAGCUGUCUGAGCCGCUCCUCUGGUUUAUCUUGCGAGUUUUGGACACCAGUGAAGCUCUGAAGACCUUCCAUGACAUGGGGGGUGUACAGUUAAUCUGUAACAACAUGGUGACCAGCACCAGAGCCAUUGUGAACACAGCACGCAGUAUGGUGUCCACCAUAAUGAAGUUCUUGGACUCGGGUCCUGGAAAAACAGCAGACGGUAACCUCAAGGCCAGAGUGAUGACAUCAGAGCCGGACAACGCUGAGGGACUGCAUAACUUUGCUCCUUUAGGCACCAUCACAUCCAGCAGCCCCACAGCGCAGCCAGCGGAGGUUCUCCUACAGGCCACCCCGCCCCACCGCCGGGCCCGCUCUGCUGCCUGGUCCUACAUCUUCCUGCCAGAGGAGGCGUGGUGUGACCUCACCAUCCACCUUCCUGCUGCCGUGCUGCUCAAAGAGGUUCACAUCCAGCCACAUCUUGCUUCCCUGGCCACCUGCCCAUCCUCGGUGUCUGUGGAGAUCAGUGCAGACGGGGUCAACAUGUUGCCGCUCUCUACGCCAGUCAUCACCAGUGGCCUAACGUACAUAAAGAUCCAGCUGGUGAAGGCAGAGGUAGCCUCAGCCGUUUGCCUGAGGCUCCACCGUCCUCGGGAUGCCAGUACCUUGGGCUUGUCUCAGAUCAAACUUUUAGGGCUGACUGCGUUUGGCAACACCUCCUCUGCAACAGUCAACAACCCCUUUCUGCCCUCUGAGGACCAAGUCUCAAAAACCAGCAUCGGGUGGCUUCGCCUUCUACAUCACUGCCUGACGCAUGUUGGUGAUCUGGAGGCCAUGAUGGCCAGUGCUGCAGCACCCACAGCCAAUCUGCUGCAGACAUGUGCUGCACUGCUCAUGUCUCCUUACUGCGGCAUGCAUUCUCCCAACAUCGAGGCUGUGCUGGUUAAAAUAGGCCUCCAGUCUACAAGAAUCGGACUCAAGCUCAUUGACAUUCUGCUAAGAAACUGUGCCGCCUCUGGCACAGACCCUGCAAAUUUGAACAGUCCCCUGCUGUUUGGACGCCUGAACGGCCUUUCUUCUGACUCCACUAUCGACAUCCUGUACCAGCUGGGAACCACCCAGGACUCUGGAACCAAAGACAGGAUCCAGGCUCUCCUCCACUGGGUGUAUGACUCUUCUAGAGUAGCGGCCCAUAAAAUGAGCCCCCCAACAGGAUACUCUACUGUUGGCCCCUCCUCUGCCUCCUCCUCCUCCUCCAGAGAAUACGGUCUCCUCAUGCCAUCUCCUUCUCACCUUCACUGCGUGGCAGCAGUCCUGUGGCACAGCUUUGAGCUGCCGGUUGACUAUGAUCUUCCUGGACUGCUCAACAGGGAGCUCUUCGAGCUCUUGUACAACUGGUCCAUGUCGCUGCCAUGCAACAUGGUGCUGAAGAAGGCUGUGGACAGCCUGCUCUGCUCCAUGUGUCACAUCCACCCCAGCUACUUCACUCUUCUCAUGUCCUGGAUGAAGAUCGUCUCAGUGCCCACAGCCAGUCACUCUCAGGCCCAGCAGCGGCGCCUGGCCAUGACGGACGAUGGAAAAAAGCAGCACGACGCCCAUGCUAACGCCACAGGGCUAACGGACGACUCUAAGCACGCCAGACCUCCGGUUAACUUGUCGGAGUCGCAGUUAACCACCCUGGCAGCGGCCUCGCAGUCUCCAGGGGCAAUAGAGCAGCUGCUGGACUCUGGCCUUCCCUCUCUGCUGGUGCGCAGCCUGGUGCAGUUCUGUGUCGGGCUCCUGGUCAGCGCCGACCUCCCGUUGCCUGCCGCCCAGGCUGAGAGGCGCCACCACCACCACCACCACCAUUACCACUCGCCCAGCGCGUCCCACAGCAGGCCAGCCCUGGCCGCAGAGCUGGCUGCUCCGGUGCUGCGCUUCCUUACAGAAGUGGGCAACAGUCAUGCUAUGAAAGACUGGCUGGGAGGACCGGAGGUGUACCCUCUGUGGACGGCACUGCUCUUUCUGCUGUGCCACUCCAGUGCCAGCGCUGGCUCCGGUGCCAGCUGUCAACCGCUGAGCAGCGCGGCCGCGGCCGCAGCCGCAGCGGCAGCCGCUCCGCACCCAGGGCCUCACUCCUCUCAGCUCUCGUCCGCUCAAGCAGGAGGUCUCACCACACAGCAGAGAACGGCUCUAGAAAAUGCAACCGUAGCCUUUUUCCUCCAGUGCAUCUCCUGUCACCCUAACAACCAGCGGCUCAUGGCACAGGUCCUGUGUGAGCUCUUCCAGUCUGCCCCUCAACGAGGCAACGUUCCCAUCUCUAGAAACAUCUCGGGCUUCAUCCGAAGACUUUUCCUGCAGCUCAUGCUGGAGGAUGAGAAAGUCACAGUCUUCCUCCAGUCUCCCUGCCCGUUAUAUAAAGGUCGCAUCAAUGCUACCAGCCACAUGAUCCAACAUCCCAUGUAUGGAGCAGGCCACAAGUACCGCACCCUCCAUCUGCCAAUCUCUACUACGUUAGCUGAGGUCCUCGACCGUGUGUCUGACACCCCCAGUAUAACAGCAAAACUGAUCAGUGAGCAGAAGGAGGAUAAGGAGAAGAAGAAUCACGAGGAGAAGGAGAAAAUGAAGGCAGACAAUGGCUUCCAGGACAACUACAGUGUUGUUGUGGCCUCAGGUUUAAAAUCUCAGUCCAAACGAGCUCUUUUGACCCCUCCUCGACCUCCGUCAAGAAGGGGUCGCAUCAUGAGUGACAAGCUGACUGCUUCAUCUGGUGUGGACCCUUCGGCCAAAACCAUCAGUGUGCCUGUCUUCCAUCUUUACCACAAGCUUCUUCCAGGUCAGCCGCUCCCACCUGAGAUGACCCUGGCUCAGCUACUGACUCUCCUGUAUGACCGCAAGCUGCCGCAGGGCUACCAGUCAAUAAACCUGACGGUCAAGCUGGGAUCCAAGGUCAUAUCUGACCCUGGGCUUUCAAAGACAGAUUCUUUCAAGAGGCUGCGCACUGAGAAAGUGGACCACUGUGACCUGCUCAACAGCUGUCCUGAGGAUGAUCCGAUGAUGGCCAGCGAAGAGUGUCUGGAUGCAGCAACAGACGAGUCCCUGCUGGAGACCAACCCCAUCCAGUCUCCCCUUCAGGUCUUUGCUGGGAUGGGGGGCCUGGCUCUAAUUGCAGAGAGGCUCCCUAUGCUCUACCCUGAUGUCAUUCAGCAGGUCAGCGCUCCAUUGAUUCCAGCAUCAACGCAGGAGAAGCCAAAGGACAGCGACCAGUUCGAGUGGGUGACCAUUGAACAGUCGGGCGAGCUGGUCUACGAAGCCCCCGAGUCUGUGGCUACCGAGCCGCCUCCUGUCAACAAGCAGCAGUCCCAGUCCUCCUCUUCAUCGUCUUCGUCCUCGGUGCAGUCCAUGUCGCCCAUUCCUGCCCAUUCGCUAGCAGCUUUUGGCUUAUUCCUGCGCCUCCCGGGAUAUGCUGAGGUGCUGCUCAAGGAGAGGAAGCAUGCACAGUGCCUGCUGCGCCUGGUGCUGGGUGUCACAGAUGAUGGAGAAGGCAGUCACAUCCUGCAGUCUCCUUCUGCCAACGUGUUGCCUACACUGCCGUUCCACGUUCUUCGCGCAUUGUUCAGCAGCACACCCUUGACUACUGAUGACGGAGUACUACUGCGCCGCAUGGCUUUAGAGAUUGGUGCCAUCCACCUCAUCCUGGCCUGUUUAUCAGCUCUUAGCCACCAUGCCCCUCGUAACCCCAACGCAAGCAGCAGCGUCUCUGAGCCACAGAUCUCCAAUUGUCCCAGUGGUGGGACCAGUGAGGAGCAGCAACUGUACUGGGCCAAAGGAACAGGGUUUGGUACUGGAUCUACUGCUUCUGGCUGGGAUGUAGAACAGGCCCUUACCAAACAGAGACUAGAGGAAGAACAUGUCACCUGUCUGCUCCAGGUGUUGGCUAGCUACAUUAACCCAGCGGGCUCCAGUGGCUGCCACAGCGCUGAUGCUUCUGCAGACAGCAGAGCCCAGAACAGCUCCGCUCUGCCAGCAGUGCUACAGGAGCUGCUGAGCCAGUCCUGCCUCAUCCCUGCCAUGUCCUCCUACUUACGCAAUGACUCAGUUCUGGAUAUGGCACGCCAUGUUCCACUGUACAGAGCGCUACUGGAGCUGCUGAGGGCCAUUUCCACCUACACAGCGCUGGUUCCACUUCUACUUCCUUUGUCUGGGGAUCCUGGGCAAGACGAGGAAGAAGAAGAUGAAGAACAUUCUGAGGGACAGGCUUCUGUAGGCAUGCUGCUGGCCAAAAUGAAGACGUGUGUAGACACGUAUACAAAUCGCCUCAGGUCAAAGAAAGAUAAAAGUAAAGGUGUGGUAAAACCAGAUGGCUCAGAUCCAGAACCUGAGGGUUUGACCCUGCUUGUGCCUGACAUCCAGAGAACAGCAGAGAUAGUCCAUGCAGCGACUACCAGCCUGCGCCAAGCCAAUCAGGAGAGGAAACUAGUGGAGUCCUCAAAAAAGGUGUCAACACGGCCAAAGCCACUGUCUGUCCUCCGCUCCUUAGAGGAGAAAUAUGUUGCUGCCAUGAAGAAACUACAGUUUGACACAUUUGAAAUGGUUUCAGAAGACGAAGAAGGGAAGCUGAUGUUUAAGGUCAACUACCACUACAUGUCUCAGGUUAAAAAUGCCAGCGAUACAAACAGUGCAGCCAGGUCGCGGCGCCUUGCCCAGGAGGCCGUUACCCUGUCCACAUCUCUCCCUCUGUCAUCGUCAUCCAGCGUCUUUGUCCGUUGCGAUGAAGAAAGGCUUGACAUCAUGAAGGUUCUCAUUACAGGCCCAGGCGACACUCCGUAUGCCAACGGCUGCUUUGAGUUUGAUGUAUAUUUUCCCCAGGAUUAUCCCAAUUCCCCUCCCCUGGUCAAUCUUGAGACGACAGGUGGACACAGCGUGCGUUUCAAUCCAAACCUCUACAAUGAUGGCAAAGUGUGUUUAAGUAUCCUCAACACAUGGCAUGGGAGACCAGAGGAGAAAUGGAACCCCCAGACCUCGAGCUUUUUACAGGUGCUAGUGUCUGUGCAGUCCCUCAUCCUUGUGGCAGAGCCCUACUUUAAUGAGCCAGGGUAUGAGCGUUCCCGUGGGACUCCCAGUGGCACUCAGAGUUCUCGAGAGUAUGAUGGCAACAUCCGACAGGCUACCGUGAAGUGGGCCAUGCUGGAACAGAUCCGCAACCCAUCACCAUGCUUCAAAGAGGUGAUCCACAAACAUUUCUACCUAAAGAGAAUCGAGAUCAUGUCCCAGUGUGAGGAGUGGAUCGCUGACAUCCAGCAGUACAGCAAUGACAAGCGGGUCGGUCGCACCAUGUCCCAUCAUGCAGCUGCCCUCAAGAGACACACAACUCAGCUCAGAGAGGAGCUCUUGAAGCUGUCCUGCCCUGACGGCCUGGAGCCCGAUGGAGACGAGUUCUCUGAGAAGAGCACUGCCCUCAUCCUCAAAGACAUGUCUGGCCAGGAUCCAGAGAAGCCCAGCGGCAGCCAGGACAGCCACUGCAGCGAGGGCCAACUAUGAGACCCCCGUCCCUGCCUGCCAGCAUCUCCUCCUCUUCCUUUCUUUCCAGCAUCUUCGGCCUCUCACCUUCCCUUUCUGAUUAUUACUCUUUAAAGACUUGAUGGCUUCAGAGGGCAAGCCACCACUUUGUCAAUAUUUGUAUGUAAAGAUCUAAUUGCAGAAUAGUAGUGAAGGAGGGAGCUCAAGUACCAGAAACCGAUGAGACAAACUCUGACCUAUGCUAAGAAAAAACUUUUAUUCACCUGUAAAAGACUGUAAACAUUUUGUGCUUUUUCCAAUUGUGAAAUAACCACUGAUUGGUAUGUUAUUAAACUUGUUUAUGUAUACAUAAUGGCAGAGGAAAAUGACAGAUUAUAUAAGGGAAACUACCUUUAGAGAAGAAUGUUUACUGAAUGUUAAGUCCUUUUUUUUCUUUUUUUAUUUGGACUGUUAGAGUGGUGAUAGUUGUAACCAAGGAUUUAUUGGUCAUUCUUAAAGCAUAUUAUUUAAAAGAAAACACACAGGUAACUGAUUCUCAGAAAAGCCUCUUUGGUGAUUCCACGCUACCUUUGAUUUGUCUUGGAUCAUAUCCGCUUCAAUAAUGUCUGAGAUGGACAUUUUUAAACCAUAUGUUAUCCUUUUUACAGGCUCCAAAUUAAAAGGCUUAACCACACUCUGGAUCAGCAUUUGUUGCCUCUUAGAACUUCUCCAUGACUGCUUUUUAUUGACAUGACUGUAGACGGCAAAACUGGGAAGUGUAAUUUAAAGGCUUGUGCAUGUGUCUGUGUGUUUUCUGUGCGUGUGCAACAAUCCCCCGUGAGAUACAAAGCUGUGAUGUGCCUUUGAUCUACACCAUACCACCAAAUGCUCCCAACAGAGUACCUUUGCUGAAUAAUCUUAUUUCUACACAAUUCUGCUCCGUCUGGCUAAAGAAAACUGCUUUGAUUUGAUUUUAUUAUGUUGAAACAGCAGGAAAAAAAUGCACUUUCUAUUUUACCCACUCCUUAGUACAGUCACAUAAUCCUUUUGCUAGGACAUUAAACGGAACUUGAAACUAA